CAAUCUUUUGGCAUAGCACAGAGGGUUUUCAUGAACGAAUGAUACCUGUCACUACUUUCAUUUGGUUGGUUUAACGUUAACUUCAACCUUAAACAGCUUUUUGCUGCCCACCACCCUGUCCCCUUCCUCCCAACCACUACACCGUAAAACAACGAAACGCAGCCAGAUUGUCAAAUUCUGCUGUUCUUGACCUUACUCAAGGCUUGUUUUGAUUUCCUCGUUUCGUCCGGCUUUCUUGCUCUUUUUGUAGCGGAUUUUACACGCUGGUUUCGGUAAUUCAAAAAAUUGUGGUUCAGGUCGCCUCUUGUAAGUAAACUUUUUUCUUUGCCUUGAAGUUUUUAGAAGAAUACUCUCUUUUUUGUGUUUCCCCUUUGUUCUCUUGUUUCAGUAGAGAGUUUUUUUUCGUUCUUGUGUAUAUCUGUUGUGGGCAAAACCUUCUUUUAUAUACUAAAAUAUGGAUAUCCAUCGUUGUCGCUUUGUUGACUAUACUCCCUCACCCAUAACGGCUGUUGAUUUUUCGCAUCCUGCAGAUCCUACAAAGCAUGCUCCUCCAAACUUGCGACUCGCGGUCGGUCGUUCUAACGGAAACAUUGAAAUUUGGAAUCCGCGCCAUGGAUGGUGUAUGGAAGCUAUUAUGUACGGUGCCAAGUCUCGGAGUAUCGAAGGAUUAGCUUGGGCACUCACAGACAAUACACCACGGUUAUUCAGUAUUGGCUUUUCCACCAUGAUUACUGAAUGGAAUCUGAACACGACAAAGCCCUUAGUGCAUGAAGCUUCCAACGCUGGUGCCGCUUGGUCUCUUGCUAUCAACAAUGAGAAACAAUUGUUGGCUGUUGGCUGUGACGAUGGCAGUUGUGUACUUUUUGAUAUCAGCGGUGGUCCAGGCGUCAUUGAGUAUGUGCGAACCCUCACUCGUCAAACAUCUCGAAUUCUCUCCUUGGCGUGGAAGGACAACUUGCUCGUCGGUGGUUGUGCUGACGGCAUUGUCAAGGUUUGGGACACAAACCAAGCGAACGGACCCAUUGUUGCCCGUAUGCGCGUAGACAAGGUGAAGAAGGGAGAACCGGCUCUCGUGUGGUCUGUAAAAUGCCUGCGUGACGGAACAAUUGUUACCGGUGAUUCGCUGGGAACGGUGAAGUUUUGGAACGGUAAAUAUUUUAACUUGGAACAGUCUUUCAAGCUCCACGCCGCUGAUGUUCUGUGUUUGGGCGUCUCAUAUGAUGGAAAUAUUGUUUUCUCCUCUGGUAUUGAUCGUAAAACCAUCCAGUAUGUCCGUGAUGUACACUCACACGAGUGGACCAGCGGUAGUUAUCGGAGAUUCCAUGCACACGAUGUUCGUUGUAUGGCGGUCUAUGAGUCCAAGAGUUUGGAUUUGCUUGUUUCGGGCGGUAUGGACAUGUCGCUUGGUCUCAUUCCUCUUCGACACUUCACACAAAAAAACCACCGCAUGAUUCCUGCAGUUCCACAAAUUCCUCGCAUGGCCAUUGCUUCCAAGGCUCGUUUAUUCAUGCUUUGGGAAGAUCAUCAAGUGCGUUUAUGGCGUGUUGGAUCUCCUGGUUAUCGCUCCUUGCUUAAACUUGUAAUCCAAAAUGAAGAGAACAUUGUCCAUGCAUGUAUCUCUGUUGACGGGCAGUACGUUGCUAUUUCCACUAUCCUUGAGACAAAGUUAUUCAAGUUGAUUUAUGGAGAGAAUGAGGUGACGGUCGAGCGUGUGUAUGAUGAGUUUUUAUCCAGCGUUGGAGCAUUGCUACUUCAAUUCACAAUGGAUACUAAAAAGUUAAUAUUGGUGACACCUGAAUCUGAUACAUUCAUUAUCGACUUGAGCCGUGUUGACUCACAUCAAUUGGAAGUUUUUGAGGUUUCUCAAACCGAACCGGUCAACACACCUAUGAAGCAAAAACUGAAUCAAAAUCCAUCCCCUAACUUUGUGUGUGGAAUCGCCGUUUCGCCCGAUGGCGACUGGUUUGCAAUUACCAAUUUGCAUGGUCAUACAUACUGUUAUUCUUUGUCUAAUCUUACACACACAGAGCUUCCUCGCAUGAGCUCUCCCAUUCGUACCAUGGCAUUCCGGCCUGAUGUCGCCGGCCGUCUGGUUGCUGUUACCGCAAGCAACCAGGUUUACGAAUUCGAUGUACAAUCUCGGAAGCUUACCGAAUGGUCUCGUCACAAUUCAAACAUCAUGCCUAAAGCUUUUGCUCAACUGCAAGACAAGGCGUUUGGCUCGUUCUUCGAUGCAAGUAAGCCGAGUCGAUUCUGGGUUUGGUCAGCCAAUUGGUUGGCGUUCUUCGAUUUGGAAGAACAGUUGCCCGCUUUAACAUCCGAAAAAAGAAAGGCGGAUUCGGGUGCCGAAGGAAAGCCUGGUCAACAUCGUCGACGCCCUAGUGGUUCACAAAAUUUGCCGACACCCAUGCUCAACAACCAUGCAACCAAUUCUCGUGCCUUUUGGAUUACAUUUAAAUACAGACCCAUGCUUUCUGUUGGCACCAUUUCGGAAAACGAGUUGUUAGUUGUUGAACGUCCUGUGGCAGACAUGCUUAUGGACAAAGACCUUCCUCCCAAGUUCUAUGAAAACAAGUUUACCGAGUAAGACAGAAAAUGCUGCACCCAUGAUUUUGACACUGCAAAAUGAAAAGAAAUACAAGCGUUGGGUUGCAGGCUUGUUGGUUUGGGUUAUGAAGGAUUCUAUUCGAACUACGCAAGUAGUGAGAUAAGGAAAUUAAAAAAUGUUAUUAGACUAGUUGGUGGUAAUAUUUUUCU